CGUUUCGCGCGCGUUCGGCGUUCGGUUUGCGCGGCAAGUGCGGCAUCUUUGUCGUGGCUUUCUAACGGUUAUUGAAAAUAUUGCGAUAUUGUAUUCAAGACAGUGCAUGUCUAGCUGGUCUAGCGUCAUAAUGGACCUUCAGACUUCUUUCUACGGGCGUCGCAUCCGCCCGAAGGACUUUGGUGCUGAAUGGGUCUCGACCUCCACACAAAUUCGUGGUAUUCAACCCUUUCCCGAGCCGGCAUCGAAGAUUCUGGUUAACUCCAGGAAUUUGCCGUCUUGUAGGGUGGUCUUGAACAGGUGGACACCGCCAAAACUUCAGGAUGCGGAAGCAAGUAGUGGUGCCAAAAAGCCGGCGGAGUCUCCUACCAAGGGCAUUAAACGAAAGUUCACCGUCCUCACUGAAAACGAUGAGCCAGAAAAUGAUGACAAGGGAAUGGCCUACCGCGCCAAAAUACAGAAGAACAUUGCCGAGAAAAUGGCCUUCCUGGAAUCUCUCGGGAUCGACAAGUUCGAGCUUCGUUCUCCGCCCAAGAGGCCAGCCACAAGAAAACCUGCCUCAGCAAAGCCCUUGCCGACUGAGCGGAGGAAGAGCCAACGGCUUCAGAACAAGGGCCCUGAGGUUCUGCCAAAGAAGGAAGAGGAGCAGGUGCCGGAGGUUGUGAAGCGAGAAGGUCCCUUCGACAUUGGUGCAGUUUUCGUGAGUGGAAGCCCAGACAGUGAAAAAUGCUUCCUCACUGAGCCUGCCAUGAGGGAAAUGCUGUCUGAGGUUUCGUUCCAGAACAAGCCGAGAGAUUCCCAAGGGUGCCUCGACGCGUUUACCCGACUGGCCAUAGACGACACGACGAUCAAGAAGGUCGUCCCUGCCCGCAUCACCGCUCUCGCCGUUCACCCGUCGUCUUCGGUGACCGUCGUCUUUGCGGGGGACAAGCUUGGAAACUUUGGCUACUUCAAGAUGGGCGAAGGGGAGAGCCUGGUGCAAAGCUACAGUCCCCACACGUCCGGUCUCAUGUGCCUCAAGGUCAACAAAAACCAGCCUCAGCGCGUCUUCUCCGCAAGCUACGACGACACCGUCCGCUGUCUCGACGUCGAACGCGGGAUUUUCGACGAGGUGUACCGUUCCCUAGAUGAGAAUGGAGUCUUGUGCCUGGACUGGGGACUGCACAAUUCUCUGAUCGUGGGCCACAGCGACGGCGCCGUGUCCUUGGUUGACCCCAGGACACGCGAGACAAGCUCGUGCACGCUGCACAGCAGGAAAGUCCGGACGGUGAAUGUUCAUCCGGUGCAUGAGUGGUGCUUCUUGACCGGCAGCACGGACGGGACGGCCAAACUGUGGGACGUGCGGAACCUCAAGGAGACUCGGAGCAAAAAGGCGGCAGAGGCCAUCGCCACCAUGGCUCAUCACCGCUCGUGCUCCGCGGCCUUUUUCUCGCCGCUUACGGGCAACCAGAUCCUCACCACUUCUUUCGACGACACCCUCAAGGUUUUCGACAGUUCUGAGCUGACAAGCGAGGUCAAGUUGAAGGUGUCGCUCAAGCACAACAACAUGACGGGGCGCUGGCUGACGCCGUUCAAGGCCGUCUGGAUGCCCGGAUGCGAGGACCUCUUCCUCGUCGGGAGCAUGGAGUACCCGCGCCGUGUGGAGGUGUUCUCGUCUGCUGGGACCCUGCAACACACGCUGAAGGGAGACAGCCUGACGUCCAUCUGUUCGCUCGUGGACGUUCAUCCCGACCGCUUCGUCGUCGCCGGCGGGAACUCAAGCGGAAGGGUGCACGUGUUCGUCGAAGCGUAGCAAGUUUCUCCUCGUUAUGCACAACGAAGUUUGCUUUGCAUUCCGGUUAGCGUUCCAAAGGCUCGUUCGCACAUUUGCGUCUGAGCAUGCUUGAGUACGUUGUGUUCGGUUGUAAUCGUUUGUGACGAAAGAUUUAACAGCGCCAUCUGUUAGAUGGCCCUGGAAACUUUUCGAUCAAUGUAUAAAGUUUCAUCAUUUUUUCCACAUCAUUCUCCUGCUGCGGGCUUGAAAUGAUUGUGACGACAUUAUAAGUGGCUGUUUCUCGUGUAUGGUGCAUGGAUUUUAUCCUGCAAAGCCCAUAGUCUAGUUAUAUCCUGUUCCAGGGCUACCCAAGUGAUGGCACCAGUUUGCCAGUGUGAUAUCUCAUUUUAAGAGAAUGCAACGCACUCGAAUACCAACAAACGCAAACGUGCAAAACAGCCUUAACUUUUCGUCAUUUUGUAUAGCCAUUUUAUGCAUAGACUUGUUGGUUUUACUUGGUUUGGAUUUGUGCCGUGCUCCUGAAGUGUCGAGAGGAUAGCUAUCUGAAGAAUUUUAAUGAGGGAUUUUAUGUAUAGCAGUUUCUUUUUUUUUACUCUUACAAUGGCAAGAUAGCUGUGUGUCGUUUUUUUUUUUUAACUUGCUUUUGUUUGCACUAAGGUUUCAAACUUGAAUACCGACAAACGCAAACGUGCGAAACAGCCUUAACUUUUCGUCAUUUUGUAUAGCCAUUUUAUGCAUAGACUUGUUGGUUUUACUUGGUUUGGAUUUGUGCCGUGCUCCUGAAGUGUCGAGAGGAUAGCUAUCUGAAGAAUUUUAAUGAGGGAUUUUAUGUAUAGCAGUUUCUUUUUUUUUUUACUCUUACAAUGGCAAGAUAGCUGUGUGUCGUUUUUUUUUUUUUUUAACUUGCUUUUGUUUGCACUAAGGUUUCAACCUUGAAUACCGACAAACGCAAACGUGCGAAACAGCCUUAACUUUUCGUCAUUUUGUAUAGCCAUUUUAUGCAUAGACUUGUUAGUUUUACUUGGUUUGGAUUUGUGCCGUGCUCCUGAAGUGUCGAGAGGAUAGCUAUCUGAAGAAUUUUAAUGAGGGAUUUUAUGUAUAGCAGUUUUUUUUUUUUUACUCUUACAAUGGCAAGAUAGCUGUGUGUCGUUUUUUUUUUUUUUUAACUUGCUUUUGUUUGCACUAAGGUUUCAACCUUGAAUACCGACAAACGCAAACGUGCGAAACAGCCUUAACUUUUCGUCAUUUUGUAUAGCCAUUUUAUGCAUAGACUUGUUGGUUUUACUUGGUUUGGAUUUGUGCCAUGCUCCUGAAGUUGCAAGAGGAUAGCUAUCUGAAGAAUUUUAAUGAGGGAUUUUAUGUAUAGCAGUUUCUUUUUUUUUACUCUUACAAUGGCAAGAUAGCUGUGUGUCUAUGUUUCUUUUUUUUAACUUGCUUUUGUUUGCACUAAGGUUGCAACCUUUUCAUGGUAGUGCUGUGAGUCUAUGAAACGUGUCUCUCUCUAGGUUUCGCUCCUUGAAGUAAUGCUUUCUGCAAUACAGCAUUUGCAAUUUCUUCAAUUAAAGUUGCAAAUUUCAAGACUCGGUUACCGAAAGAAAAAAAAAAAGUUUUAAUCUUUUUAAUUUAUAAAGUGUUUUAGGCUGUUUCAAAGCAUUCCAUAAAGAAAACCUUAUGAGCGAGUCAGUUACUACCAGCCCUGUCGAUCAGUAACCUUUGCAGUGGACCUAAUAAAUGGCCCGUCAGAUCCAGCCUUCACGUUUCAAAAACCUCGAGAUUUUGCCCUGGAUGGUUAUUUCGUGAAACUACCCAAAGUAUGUUUGAAAAGCGUGUUAAGCUGUUUUAUAGCUUUCCAAGUUUGUGAAGGCUCUUUUUGUGCAUAUGCAAGUGUCUUCCAGUGGUUCAUGUUUGUACAUGUGCUCCAGUAAAUACCGGCAGCAUUAUUGGGGA